AUGCCACGCGGCACGGCAUCUUCAUUUGCUUCUCUUUUUAAACAGCAACGGCUUCCUGCGAUACAGCCCCUGACGCAUCCUUUUCAUGUUACGAUAUGGCUUCUGGCCGCUGCCUUGCUAUUCAUCCCACUGGGAGUGAUCGUUGUGCUCUCGGGCAAGCUGGCUAAGGAACUCACUUUUCGCUAUGACGACAUAAAUAGGUGCACCACACAGUCGAACCAAGGUGCGUUCACCUACACUGGAAACGGUCAGGAGCUCAAAACCGGCUGCAUCACGCACGUCUCAUUCCGUCUCAACACGACACUCAAGGCACCCAUAUACCUAUACUACGGUCUAACAGGGUUUUAUCAGAACCACCGAAAGCUGUCGGAUUCGAAAAGUCAAGAACAAUUACAGGGUGCACCUGUAUCGCGGCGAGAUCUUAAGAGGUUAGCGCCGCUGAUGUACCCUGGGGAGCUUUCAGGGGAUGAACACACUCCUAUUGAGGUGAAUGGACGAACCUAUCAUUAUCGCGAUUUUGUUUACUCUCCGGGAGGGCUAUUGCCGUGGUCGAUGUUUAACGAUACCUUUACGCUUUACCGAGUCGAAUCGAGCAGUUCAUCAGUAGACGAGGAUGGGAUUCCUAGGGAGCCUGUUCGAUUUCUCAUUUGCAAUGAUAGUGCAUUUUCUAAGUUCACGAAUGAACCGCUAGAGGUGCAAACUAAGAGUUCGUCUGUAGUAGUCAAAACAACAGGUGGAAAAGGGUGCCGCAAAAAAGGGAUUACAUGGAAAACAGAUGUGAAUCAUUGUUUCAAGCCUAUCUUUUUUCCGAGCGGAAAAGGUGAUCACGACGAUUCUCUGAUCUGGAGUGCGCCGCGCUAUUUGUAUCGUACGGAAGACCAACCGUUCGUGAAGGAUCAAUCACUUUAUAAUGUUACUUCUAAUGAUACGUUUUUCAAUGAGGGUUGGUAUGCUGGGGAGCUCGGCCAUGCCAUUCCCGUUAGCACCGAUGAGGAUCUUAUGGUGUGGCUUCGUUUAGCACCUUCACCUAAAUUUCGUAAGCUGCGUCGUAUUAUUGAAGAGGAUAUGGAGCCUGGUCAAUAUCUCAUGGAAAUAGGUGAACACUACGAUUCGGUUAGUUUUGGUGGGGAAAAGAGCUUUACAUUCGCGACGGUAUCUUACUUGGGCGGGCGGAAUAUUUUUUUAGCCAAAUUGUGCCUAACGAUUGGGAUUGCCUCACUUUUGAUUAUAUUUGUCUUUUUAUUACUGCGUCGAAACUACGAAAUCCAAGUUCAACAAGAGCUUGCGUAUCUUCACCAAAUAAACUGA